CGCGCCGAUAAACACUCAUUUACCACCUUCGUCGGCAAGGGGUCCGUCGACUACAAUCGUCCUACACUCGUCGCGACUAUAGUUAAUUUCACCGAUAGCCCUCGAUUUUGUUGACGGCGUCCGUAAACUCCAGGGCUGCAGUCCCUGUCACGACAAUCCCUUCUACUCCUCCCGCCGGUCGCCCACCCAACUUCGUUACACGAGCGCAACAAGCAAAUCACAAUGUUCUUCCUCUACAACCUUGAGCGUCGGGUCACCCUUCACCCGUCGUACUUUGGUCGAAACAUGCACGAGCUUGUUACGGGCAAGCUUCUGGAGGAUGUCGAGGGUACAUGUACCGGAACUUACUACAUCAUCUCGAUUAUGGAUACAUUCGAUAUCUCUGAAGGACGUAUCCUUCCUGGAAGUGGCCUAGCCGAAUUUACCGUGGGUUAUCGUGCUGUGGUCUGGAGACCCUUUCGAGGCGAGACGAUGGACGCAAUCGUGACUUCGGUCAACCAACACGGCUUCUUUUGCGCUGCCGGACCACUUCGCAUCUUCGUUUCUGGUCACUCAAUACCUAGUGAGGUCAAGUGGGAUCCAAAUGCCACCCCUCCCCAGUUCACGAACAACGAGGACACAACUAUUGAGGUUAACACCCAGGUUCGUGUCAAGCUCAUGGGUAUACGAGCCGAGGUUGGUGAGCUAUGGGCUAUCGGUAGUAUCAAGGAGGAUUAUCUUGGUACUCUGCAGAACUAAAGCUUCUGGAUCGGAAUGUUUAUAGUUCGCGACAUCCUUUUGCAUGCGUGUGGCAAGAUCACUUUCGCAUUCAUCAGGGCCAAGCAAUUCAUAGGAUACGACACAAGCCCCUUGAGGACUGUUAAUCUUGGUAUUGGUAGUCCUACAUAGGCACCUUUAUAUGCAAGGUAAAGUCUUGGUCACCCUUGAAGUCUUGCGAAAUUCAGAUGUACUUAAGCCCUCCGUCAUUUUUAUGACAUUUGGUACUCUGCUUUUCCCUUGACGAGCAAUCAAAUUGCAACCUAGAACGAGGUACAUACGCACUUUGG